GACAAUCGACAAAUUCGACAUUUGUAUGGUGCGGGAUGUGGUUGAGAAAAUGUAUUUUGCAAGAGUCCAGAAUGUGUAGUGGGGUUGUUUGUUUUUCUUGUGUGAAUUUACGUGUUUUGACAUAACAAUGUCAUUUUUUAGAAGGAAAGAAAAUACUGUAGAUUACAAAGCGAGGUUGGAGAACAAACUAUAUUUGGCACGUGUGAGCCCAGAAUCAGAUUUUGAUUUGUCUGACUGUAACCUGAAAGCAGUUCCAUCUGGAAUUUUUGCAUUAAUAAAAGUUUUUAGGAAAGAGGCUUUAUUUUUACAGCAAAAUCAGUUGACAUCUUUAGUAGGUGGUGGUAAGAUAGAAGAUCUUAACUUGUUACAAAUACUUGAUAUACAUUCCAAUUGUCUAUUGAAAUUACCUGAUGAAAUAGUAACUUUGACAAGUCUCAAGGAGCUGAAUGUCAGUACCAACAAAUUAACUCAUCUCCCUGAAAAUAUUGGAGAAAUGACUAAUUUACGCAUCCUUAAUGUAUCCAAUAACAACCUCAAAAACAUACCUUCAUCAAUUGGGAGACUCCAAUUUCUAAGAGUUUUAGAUUUGCAAUUAAACAAGAAAUUGCUUAGACUUCCAUCGUCUUUGUGCCAUGCAGUUUCAUUGGCAGAGUUACAUGUAGACAAAACAAAUUUUGAAUAUCCUCCCAAGGACGUCAUAGAAGGGGGAACAUCAGCUGUCAUGCAGUUUUUGUGUUCUGAAGAAGGUGUAGAAUAUGUUUUGCCAAAGCUUGUUCCUUCGGAAGCAUCAGAGAGUGAAAGAGAUGGGAAAUGGGCUCAGUUCAAAGAAACAGAUGAUGGUUUCCAGGAACAAAAACAACGAGAACGAUUAGCUUUAGAACAAGGCAUUUUUGAACAACAACGAAAAGAACUAGAAUUGCAAAAUGCUAUGAAAAAUAAUAAAGAAAAGCUUUUGGAAGAUUUAGCUGAACAACAAAGUCAUUUGGAAAAUGAAAUUCUGCGGGUGCAACAAGAACGUGAAGCAGAACGUUUGCAUCUUAUGUGUGAAAUUCAACAAGUGGAAGCAGCUGCAGAUAACCUCAUCACACAGCUGCUGGCCUCGUGCAGCUUGAAGGACUCCCUUCAAAUUCAGACUUUGUUGGAACAAGAAAGUCGAGAAGAAGAACAGUUGUUGGCCUCUUGUCAGGAAGAGUACCAGUCUUUAAUCAGGAAAGAUGUUCUUAGUGCCAUGGAAAAUAUACUAGAGGAGGAGGCUCAGCGAGAAGCCAAGAUUCGUGAAUAUGAAAGGGGAAGAGCUGAAUCCACAAGGACGAUUCUGAAUCAAGAAAUGGAGAAUGACCGUGCUUUGAGUAAAUUGAUCCUGAACCAUGAACAAGAUCGAGAUGGUCUGAUAAAUCAAUUGCAGAGAAAUGAAGAGCUUCAGCGAGCAGCUGUUGCUACACUAUUGGAACGUAGUGAUGCUCGAUCAUGGGGUUUGACACAACAUUUACGGCUUGUUCAGGAGCAGCUGGCAACUUUGACAGCCCUUGAAAUGAAGCGUCGCCAUCUUCAAAUAUCGGAGCAAGUGGAGGAUUUGAGCCUCAAAAGGACAGCUCUCUCGGAGUUAUUGGUAGAUCUGCUGGCACAACAAGCUGCAAGACGCAAGCAGCUUCUUGAAACUCUACAUGCUCUUGAACGCCAGCGCGCUGAAGAAGAACAACAAAGAGCGUAUGAUUUCUGGUUGGUGCAGUAUCAGCGCCUCUUGGAUUUACGAAGUGCAAAUUUGUCGGAACUGGAAUGCAGUUUGGAUCCCCUCCUUGCUCAACAUUUGCUUCGAGAAGGAGUUGUUCAUUGCUUACCUUUGCUAACCCAGUGGGUGCUGAAUCCUUCAAUGUUGGAGCAGUUGUCCCAUGAAAAGCUCAUCCAGGCUGGAAUAUCAUCUUGUGAAACCCGUGAGAGUAUACUGAAAGCAGUUCACUUUUACCUGGAAGAGCACCAGCAGAGAGUUGGAAAACUGUCUGAAGAGGCAUCAAAGCAGGAACAACCCACUGCCCCAGCCCAAUCAGAUGUGGAGCUUGUUAGCAAUUUUGGUGGUGCUGAAUGUGUGGUCUGUAUGGAUAAAGAGGUAUUG